UAAAAAAAGUAAAAAGUCUUUUUUUUAAAUUACUAUUUUCGUUAGUUUUGUCUUUGUCGCAAAUUUUAUCAAAAAAUGUUACAGUUGUGGGCAGUUACUGUUUUAUUCCAUUAUAUUCUUUCGGUAAAUUCAAAACCAGCCAGUUUUUCUGCGCGAUACGGAUGCGCAGACGAAGCUCAAUCGUGCGAUAGCGAAGUAUAUUGCCAGGGCCGUCUUCUGGACACCGUUCAACGUGCUAGAAUCUACCCAGACUCGAAAACCUUCGUGGACUUGAACCAAAUCAACAACGAAGACGUUACAUUAGAGAAUUUCAAUUCGUUGAUGAGAGAAACCAAUAAUACUCCAUCCAAAGAGCAAAUCCAAAAUUUCGUUUCAAAAAAUUUCGAAAACAGCAAAGAGAUGGAGGAAUGGACACCACCUGAUUUUACCCCAUCUCCAGGUUUAUUAGAUAAAAUACACGACAAAGAAAUGAGACGGUUUGCCUCGGAUUUGGUGGCCAUUUGGCCUACUCUGGGUCGAAAAAUAUCGAAACCGGUGUUCGAAAAGCCCAGGCAAUAUUCUCUGAUCGGUGUUCCCAAUGGAAUAAUCAUCCCUGGAGGGAGGUUCAAGGAGUUUUAUUAUUGGGAUACGUACUGGAUUAUCGAGGGAUUGUUACUGAGCGAUAUGAAAGAUACAGCUAGGGGGAUGAUCGAGAAUUUGCUGUAUAUGGUUGAUAAGUAUGGUUUUGUUCCUAAUGGAGGACGGGUUUAUUACUUAAACAGAUCACAGCCGCCACUAUUGACACUGAUGGCAAGAAAAUACAUGGCCAGCACAAAUGACAACGAAUGGUUAAAGAAAAAUAUUGCGCUGCUCGAUCGAGAACUGACAUACUGGUUGGAGAAAAAAACGAUAACUUUUCAGAAAAACGGAGUUACCUACGAAAUGGCACAUUAUAUUUCUGAAAGUAACACUCCUAGACCCGAGUCGUAUUAUGAAGAUAUUGUGACGUGUUCAUAUUUUGCAACAGGCCCCGAAAAGGAGCAUUGCUAUCAAGGACUGAAGAGUGGGGCGGAGACCGGAUGGGAUUUUUCAAGCAGAUGGUUGUUUGAUGACAAGGGGGAAACUAGAACAAAUUUAACUCACAUUGACGCCCAAAGAGUAAUUCCUGUUGACCUUAAUGCUUUUUUAUGUAAAGCAUUCCUAACUUUAUCCGAAUUUUACACAACACUUAAUGACGUUGAAAACUCAAUUAAAUGGAACGAAAAAUCGAAAAUCUGGUUAAAAUCCAUCGAAGACGUACUGUACGACCCAAUCGACGGAAUAUGGUACGACUACGACCCAGAAUUAUCUAAAUGGAGAAAAUUAUUCUACCCUAGUAAUUUCGCACCCUUGUGGGCGGAGUCGUACAAUUUAGGUUUAAGACAAGAGUAUGGUAGGAAAGCCGCGGAAUAUUUUACCAAACUGAAAAUAGAUGACUUUAGAGGGGGAAUUCCCACUUCUCUGGACGACAACAAUGAACAGUGGGACUUGCCUAAUGCCUGGCCGCCAUUACAAGAAAUAGUUAUUUUAGGUCUGUGGAAAACCAGAGACCGACAGGCCAGGCGGAUCGCGAAGCAAUCGGCCCAUCGCUGGAUUAAAGCCAAUUUGAGGGGAUUCAAACAAGAAAACGCCAUGUUCGAGAAAUACGACGCGAUAGAAGUGGGCAGAUACGGAGGAGGUGGGGAGUAUGAAGUUCAAAAAGGAUUCGGAUGGACCAAUGGCGUUGCUUUAAAUUUGAUAAAUAUGUUCUACACCGGAAGACAAAACUUGACAAAUAUAGAUGACACGGACGAUCAAAUCUAUAACAAGGACGCUAAUAGUAAAAGGCGAAAAUCAUAAUAAUUAUUAUAUUUAAUGAGAUUAAAAUUAAAUAAUAAAAAAA